AUGAACGAUAAUAUCAAUUAUUUUUCUGAAGAUUUUACACAUUCUUCUGUUAAUCAUCGUUAUUAUUCGACAAUUUCAAACAAUAUUCAAUUACGUAGAAAUAGUUAUCAAAUGGCUAUGCUUACAUCAAAACAAGAUCGUCUAGAAUUGUUAUAUUCUACUUCUGCAUCUAUAUCUUCUAUUAUUGAUCAUAUUAAUACAACUCGAUCAUUAUGUACAAUAUCUGAUGGUUGUUCAUAUUGUGUAAAUGAUUAUAUACAACGAAGUACUAGUCAACCAAUAGUUCAUUCUUCUGAUAAUGAUGUUUUAUUAGAAAAUGCAACAUUUUUACUUGAUUCUCCUGUUCAUGCUCUUCAUCCUACUCAUCAUAAAUCUCAUGGAAUACUUUCAUUAAAAAAUCCAUUUUCAACUAGUCAUUCAUUAAUUACUAAUGAAUGUUUAAAUGAAAGAAAUGAUUGUUUAAAUUCAUCAACAAUAUCAAUUAUAUCUGUUUAUCGAAUUGUAUUUCUUCGUUCAUUUGCAUUAGUUUUAAUUUUAGCAUGUUUAUUUACAAUAGAAGUACUUCAAACAUCAAUCUAUUCCAGUGAAUAUAGUUUUCAAAUAUUAUUAACAUUACAUUUAAGUUCAUCGAUUAUUGCAUUUAUUUUUUCUGCAUAUACAUCACAUAUUCAAUUAACGCGUUAUCGUUGGAAAAUUUCUGAUAUAUUUGCAUAUGAUCGUUGUUCACAAAUUUUAAUUAUUUUUACAACUAUAUGUACUUCAUUAUGGAUCAUAAUGCAAUAUUUUUAUUCAUUUUAUUUUCUUUUACUUAUAAGUACAAGCAUAACUGGUAUUAGUCUUAGUUGUUUGAUAAUAAAAACCUUUGAUCAUUUAUUACAAUUAUCAGCAACAUUACCAAUUGAAAAUAAUAAAUUAUUAACUAAACGUAUUAAUAUAUUUAUAUGUAUUUAUAAUUCUAUGUGUCAUUUAGCAUUAACUAUUGGUGGAAUUUGUCUUUUAAUGGUUAUUUUAUUUGAACAACAGAAAUAUAAAUAUAUAUUAAUUGGUUCUCAAUCAUGUCUUUUAAUUUCAUGUACACAAUUAACAAAUCAACAAGAUGACAAUGAACUAUUUUUUAAACCAUUAACACAAUCAAAGUCAAUAAAUUUAACAAUGUAUUUAACAAAAAAUCAACAAGUAUGGGCAGAUGAACCAACACGUUAUAUAUUUUUUGUUUGUUUAAUUAUUUUAAUAAUAAUUAGUUUAUUUAUACAAGUUACGACCGAAUGGACAACAUCAAUAAUGAGUAUGAGUAGACGAUUAUCAAUAUUAUAUUAUUCAAAUAAAGAUUUAUUAAAUGAUACAUCAAAAAUUGUUCAUUAUAAACAUUAUUUAUUUGCUUUAUUUAUUGGUUUUCAAGAAGGUUAUAUUUUUGGAAAUAUUAUCAAAUUUGAUGUAACAUGUCUUUAUGGUCUUCGACAUACAGCCGAAAUGUUGAUUAUCUAUGGAUUAGGUGCAACAACAUCAAGUAUAUUAUUGGCUUUGAUUAUUAAACGUAUGACAAUGAUGACUUGUGUAUCAUUUACAACACUUCUUCAUUUAAUAACAAUUAUUUUAUUAUUUCUUAUUCGAAUACAAAAUGAUCUAUAUAAUGUUCAACCAUUAAUUUUGAAAUAUAUUCUAUUUUUUUCUUAUGGAAUUAUUCUUGGUUUAUGGUCAACAAUUUCUAUUUAUUCUAUAUGUAAUUCAAUGAAAUUUUCUUCAUCAUCAACAUUUGCUCAAUCAUUAGCUCUUCGUUAUGUAGGUCGUAUUAUUGCUUAUACAUGUAUUUUAUUUCUAUGUCAAUCAUCUUUUGUUUAUAUUGAUACAUUCUCUUUAUUAUUUUUAUUUUCUUUUAUAUUCAUAUGCUAUUGUUGUUGUAAUCAAUAA